AGAAGCUCUCGCAUAAAACUGGCUUGUUCGAGAUGCCAGAAACGGAAGAUCAAAUGUGACGGCCAAGUCCCCGCCUGCUCUUCGUGUAAGAAGACAGGAGCUAUUUGUUCGGGUGGCAACACUUCGCGAGAUCGAUUAUAUGUCAACUCAUUGUGGAAUCGUGUACGUUGGCUAGAGUCAGCGCUCGAAGGAUUAUCUCCUGACUUCGAUUUUUCACAAGCACCUCCUGUCGGCUCCGGCCAGCCCGAAGAGUCACAGACGCAAAACGGUGGCACAGUCAACCUCGACCCUAUUACUCCCAAUCGUCAUGGAGGCGACACUACGAUCAAUACCGGUGACCUGACCACCGUCAGCAAUGGAAACCAGGUUUCUACUCCAGCCGGAGACGCCGAUCAAUCGAACGCGGAGCGAGUCCACGAUAUUGGCCUCGUGUCUGUAGGAGCUGGACACGAUCUUCGUUAUGUCGGUCCUUCCAGUGGGUAUGCGUUCGCCAAGCUCCUACUGAAGGUCACCGGAGUGCCAGCACCACGGGGGAACUCAUUGCAACAGAAAAGACGGGACUUGGCUCCCAGUGACGCCCUGACGGCAGCCCAAGCUCUUCGCAUCACACCGUCACCAUUACCAGCGAAGCUUGAACAUUCUGUUCAGCUCUCUUCAGUGUACUGGGAAACGAUGCACCCACAGUAUCCCUUUUUACACCAGCCCACAUACUUGAAGCGCCUUGAGCACGUCUAUGGCUCGCCAGAGCCGAGACCAGUUUACAAGUUCCAGACCUUCAUGGUGCUUGCUAUCUCAGCAACCGUCCUCUCCCAUCGAUACAAAACGGUUCUCUCUGCCGAAGGAUUUGCCGCCUCGGCUCUGGAGGCUUUUGAGAAAACCCAGGUCGAGGGAUCUCUGGAGGGGAUCCAGUGCCUGCUUCUACUCAUUGUUUACGCCCUGGUGAAUCCCUCGACUCGACUCAAUGCCUGGUAUCUGAACUACUUAUGUAUUUCUGCUGUUCUGGACUUGGGCCUGCAGAGGGAUGUCAGGGGCAACCUGUCCCUAUUGACGCGAGAAAUGCGAACGCGGAUCUUUUGGGUUGUCUACUCGCUCGAUCGGUCCUUGGCUACGGCUUUGGGUAGACCGAUCGGGCUCAGGGAUGAAGCUUGCGACUUGCGCUUGCCCCUAGACAUCGACGACGAUCAACUUCUGGACCCUAACGCGACCCCGCGGCAAUUUGGCACGAAUCCUAUGGGAAUCACCAACGCCAUUCACUUGAUCAAGCUAGCGCACCUAAACUCGGAAAUCAAGUACAUCGGACACUCUAUAUCAAACAAGACACCGUCGUACUGUUACCCAGUAGUAACCGACCUGGAAGCUUGGCAAUCAAAUAUGCAAAGCCGCCUUGACCAGUGGGCGGUCGAGCUAUCACAACAUUGCCCUUCAAGAUAUCUCACCCAGGUCGCCACACUUCGCUAUCAUGAAGCACGGAUUCUUCUUCUACGGCCCAGCCCAGCCAACAUCAGUCCAGCGGCUGCCGCCUUACGCACCUGUCACGUUAGCGCAAGUGCUGUAGUUCGCAUCACGUUGGAAAUGUACCGAGAAGACUUGUUAGUGUACUCGUGGCCCGCGAUGCAUACCCUAUUCCUUGCGACCAUAACCAUGUUGUACUGCGUUUGCGCCGUGCCCGACCUCUCCGAAGAAGCUGCUACCGCAGUCGAAGCUGUGCAGAUGCAACUCCAGGCCGUAUCCAAUAUUCUUAGCUCGGCGGCGGAGACUUGGCCUGACGCCAGGCGAAGCCGCGAUGUCCUAGAUGAGGUGGGGACGGCCACCAUUCGAUGGAUACGCCGCACC